CUCACAGAGUUCAGCACCUGCCAGCCAGGCCAAUGUGAGGGCAAGGAAAGCCUGCACAGUCUGAGGGUGGGACCUUGGGGCCCCUGUACCACCUCACCUAUACGACAGGCACGGGAAACCCAAGAAGCCCGAGAGCCGAAACGAGAACGGAAAGCAAAACGGGACCGGCAAGCCAGGCAGGAGCGGCAAGGCAAGCGGCGCAAGAACAAAGAGAAAAAGGAGGUGAAGGAAAACAAAGGAGAACGUGUGAGGGACAGGGCGAGGGCAAAGGGGAAGAUGAGGGACCCUGAGACCCGGGAGCUCAUCAAAAAUAAGAGGACGAGGAAUCGUCAGAACCGCCAGGGGUUGAAGUUCUGGGACCUGCAGGUGGGCUAUCAGACCCGGGAGGUGACGUGUGUGCACCGAAGCGGAAGCACGGCAGAGUUCAGCCAGUGUAACCAGCAGAGUCUUCCUGUGACAUAUCAAGCCUGUGUCAUCCCUAAGGACUGUGAAGUGACCGAGUGGUCGGACUGGUCUGUCUGCUCAAAGGAGUGCUACGAUCUGAACGGGCGUAAGGGACAGCGCACACGUACACGUCAGGUGCGGCAGUUCCCCGUGGGUGGAGGAGCUGAGUGCCCGGAGCUGGAGGAGAGUGAGCAGUGUUCACCUCAAGGAGAAGAAAUCCCACCAUGUGUAGUGUAUAAUUGGAGAGCCACAGAGUGGAGCGACUGCAGGGUGGACGUGCUGCUCAGCCAACAGGACCGUCGACGGAGCAACCAGACAGGGCUCUGUGGAGGCGGGGUUCAAACCAGAGAGGUCUACUGCGUUCAAGCCCCCAGCGAAACCUCGUCCAACCUCAGCUCCCUCAAGAACAAAGACGCCUCGCGGCCAGUGAACAGUGACCUGUGUUUGGGCGUUUCUCCUGACACCACCCAGCUCUGCCAAAUUCCCUGUCCUGUGGAGUGUGAGGUGUCCUCCUGGAGCGCAUGGGGGCCCUGCACCUUUGAAAACUGCCAGGAUCAGUCCACAAAGAAAGGCUUCAAACUGAGGAAAAGGAGAAUCAUAAAUGAGCCCACAGGUGGAACAGGGAAUUGCCCCCACCUGACUGAGGCGAUUCCCUGUGAGGAACCCAGUUGCUACGAUUGGCUGCUGGUGAAGCUGGAGGAGUGUGUGCCUGACAAUGACAAAGAAUGCGGACCGGGAACCCAGAACCCACAAGUACAGUGUGUCAACAGUGACGGUGAAUACGUGGAUCGGCAGCUGUGCCGGGAUGCCAUCCUUCCCAUGCCUGUCCUGUGUGAGGUGUCCUGUCCAAAAGACUGUGUGCUCAGUCCUUGGACUUCCUGGUCUCUGUGUUCCAACACCUGCUCAGGGAAGAACACCGAGGGCAAGCAGACCAGGGCACGCUCCAUCCUGGCCUACGACUCAGGGGACGGUGGGAGUCAGUGCCCCAACAGCAGUGCCUUGCUGGAGGUGCGCAACUGCAAUGAUCAUCCCUGCACUGUGUACCACUGGCAGACGGGACCCUGGGGUCAGUGCAUAGAGGACACCUCCGUCCCGUCUGCCAACAGCUCGCUCAGCCGCGCCGGAGCAGGAGUCGGCACUAAUGAGGCGUUCUGCUCGGUCGGCAUGCAGACGCGCAAAGUCAUUUGUGUCCGGGUCAAUGUGGGACAGGUGCCUCCUAAAAAGUGUCCAGAGAGUCUGCGUCCCGACACUGUAAGACCGUGUCUUCUGCCCUGCAAGAGAGACUGUAUGGUCACUCCGUACAGUGAUUGGACACCCUGCCCUUCCACCUGCCAGACAGGUGGUAACAUCAAAAAGAAGCAAUCAAGGAAACGCAUUAUCAUUCAGCUUCCGGCUAACGGGGGCCAAGACUGUCCAGAACUACUCUUCCAGGAGAAGGAAUGCGAAGCCUCGUCUGUUUGUCCGGGCUACAGGUGGAAAACCCAUAAGUGGCGCAGGUGUCAGUUGGUGCCCUGGACCAUCCGGCAGGACAGUCCUGGAGCACAGGAGACAUGUGGACCAGGACUACAGGCUAGAGCCAUCUCGUGUAAGAAGUUGGAUGGUGGACCUGCAGACGUUGCAGCCUGUCUCAAGUUUGCAGGUCCUAUGCCUCAACUCACUCAAUCCUGCCAGCUUCCAUGCCAGGAUGACUGCCAGCUCACCACCUGGUCCAAAUUCUCAUCCUGCGCCGCUGAUUGUGUGGGCGUCCGAACCAGGAAAAGGAUUCUUGUUGGUAAAAGCAAAAAGAGAGAGCAAUGUAAAAACACACAGAUGUAUCCUCUGAGCGAAACCCAGUACUGCCCCUGCAACAAGUACAACGCCCAGCCUGUGGGGAACUGGUCCGACUGCAUCCUUCCCGAGGGUGGACGUGUAGAGGGCCUGUUGGGUAUGAAAGUGCAAGGGGAUAUCAAGGAGUGCGGGCAGGGUUACCGGUUUCAAGCCAUGGUGUGUUAUGACCAGGAUAACCGGCUCGUGGAGACGUCACGCUGCAACAGUCACGGUUACAUAGAGGAAGCGUGUAUCAUCCCCUGUCCAUCUGACUGUAAGCUCAGCGAGUGGUCAAACUGGUCCCGUUGCAGCAAGUCAUGCGGCAGUGGUGUCAAAGUACGGUCCAAGUGGCUUCGGGAGAAGCCUUAUAAUGGUGGCAGGCCAUGCCCCAAAUUGGACCAUGUUAAUCAGGCUCAGGUGUAUGAAGUGGUACCGUGUCUGAGCGACUGCAGUCAGUAUGUCUGGGUGGCUGAGCCGUGGAGUGUCUGGAAGGUCAGCAAUGUCGAUCUGAAAGAGAACUGUGGGGAAGGUGUACAGACGAGGAAAGUUAGGUGCAUGCAAAACACUGUUGAUGGACCUUCAGACCCUGUAGAAGACUAUCUCUGUGAUCCGGAAGAGAUGCCUCUUGGGGCCAGAGAGAGCAAACUCCCCUGUCCCGAAGACUGCGUUCUGACUGACUGGGGCUCUUGGAGUCGAUGCCCACUGCCUUGCAAUGUGAACAGCACAAGGCAGAGGACCGCCAGCCCUAUACGUCAGCCUGGUAAAGGGAAAGAGUGUCCUUCCACUACAGAGAAAGAAGCAUGCACUCUGAACACCAACUGCUUCCAUUACUCCUAUAAUAUCACAGACUGGAGCACAUGUCAGCUGAGUGAGCGAGCCGUGUGCGGGAUUGGAUUCAAGACACGCAUGCUGGACUGUGUUCGCAGUGAUGCCAAGUCCGUGGACCUGAAGUUUUGCGAGGAGCUUGGUCUCGAUAAAAAAUGGCAGAUGAACGCUUCCUGUGUGGUCGAGUGCCCUGUCAACUGCCAGCUGUCUGAUUGGUCGUCUUGGUCUGAAUGCUCUCACACCUGUGGUCUUGCAGGGAAGCUGUGGAGGAGGAGAACUGUGAUCCAGGCCUCUCAGGGAGAUGGACGGCCGUGUUCCUCACAGCUGGAACAGUGGAAGCCCUGUCCUGUUAGACCCUGCUACAGCUGGAGGUACAGUGCCUGGUCUCCAUGCAAAUCUGAGGGCGCACAUUGUGGAGAAGGCCUGCGCUUUAGGAAUGUCUCCUGCUUCGUGUCUGACGGCUCGGGGAAGGAUCCGGGAAGUAUGGUGGAUGAGGAACUUUGUGGAGACCUGGAGCAGACAGUGGAUGGAGACAAACAGAUCAUCCUGCAGGAGUCUUGCACUGUGCCCUGCCCAGGUGAGUGUUACCUGACAGACUGGACUGUGUGGAGCCAGUGUCAGCUGAGCUGUAUCAGCGGGGAUGAUCUGGGCUUCGGCUCGGUGCAGGUCCGUUCUCGUGCCGUUCUAGCUCAGGAACCCGAGAACCUUCUUCAGUGCCCAGAACAGGAAUGGGAAGCCAGACCAUGUACAGAUGGCCAAUGUUAUGAAUACAAAUGGAUGAGUGGUGCAUGGAAAGGCUCAUCUCGUCAAGUCUGGUGCCAGCGCUCUGAUGGAUUAAACGUCACAGGUGGAUGCCCAUUGACAAGCGAGCCGGUGUCAGACAGGUCAUGUGACCCAGCCUGCGACAAACCUCGCUCAAUCUGCACUGAGGCUGGUGUGUGCGGCUGCGAGGAGGGUUACACUGAGGUGAUGACAUCUGAUGGAGUGUUGGAUCAGUGUACGCUUAUACCAGUGCUUGAGAUCCCCACCGCAGGAGACAGUAAAACUGACGUGAAGACGAUCAGAGCACUCAGCCCCACUCAGUCCACCGCCAACAUGCCCGGCCGUGCAGGACGCACCUGGUUCCUCCAGCCCUUCGGACCUGAUGGCAAACUGAAGACCUGGGUGUAUGGUGUGGCAGCUGGAGCUUUUGUACUGCUAGUGUUCAUUGUCUCCAUGACUUAUUUAGCCUGCAAAAAGCCAAAGAAGCCCCAGAGAAGACAGAUGAACAACAGACUCAAGCCUCUGACGCUGGCUUACGACGGCGACGCUGACAUGUAGCCUAACCACGUUCACUACGCACUACAGAUACUCGCCUCUUUCCACAGUCGGCCAUCGGUACAAGCCUCAAACAAGGAGACUCGCGCCUGCUUUUUAUAAGACCGCUAAUGGAACCUCAGAGAGAGACUCGAUCCAUGUUUAUAUAACGUUUCUCCCCCCUCCUUUUUUUACGUUCAAGUUUGUUUUUGUUUUUUUUACUUUAUUUCACGAGAGCCUUCACAAACUCUUCAAAAAUCUUCUUCAGGAAGUCUGCCUUCACCUCUCUGCCCUUGACAUCUUUCUGUAACAUAGACUUGUCUUUCAGGAGGAAAGUUGCAGGACCCUUAUUAAAUUGGGAGGUUUUUUUUUUUUGCUGAGAAGCACAAAAAUACGCCCGUCUCCUGUUUAGUAAACUCACACUUCUUGUCAGCUCCUGAAACGUGUCAGUGGCUGUUGGGACGUGUCAUGUUCAGAGAAACAAAACACACAAUUUAGAAGCAUUUUGAGCGCUGAAAUGUUCUUCCUCUGCGUCGAUCAGAAGGGUAAAAGACUGCAGCUCACUAGCGCCCCCUAUAGAAACUCUGGCCUGCCUUUCCUCUUUUCUCUAUUCAGGCUCCAUUUUGCACUAUAUUAGUGCAGCAUGAACAUUUACUUAUAGCAUUGCCAUAGAAAACUGCCUCUUGCGAAACAAGAACGUGUACAGUCUUGUGCUAGACAAAAAA